AUGACCGACUCCAACACCCCCCUGAUCUUCGUGACAGGGAACAAAAACAAAGUCCUAGAAGCAAAAGCCAUCCUGGGCCCUACUGCCACGCUCGAAGUCCUGGAUAUCAAUCUCCCCGAGAUCCAGGGUAGUGUGGAAGAAAUUACGCGUGAGAAAUGUCGCGCGGCGGCUGAGACUAUAGGAGGGCCGGUGUUGGUCGAGGAUUCGGCGCUUGAAAUGCGCGCGUUGGGUGGGCUGCCUGGGGCUUAUGUCAAAGCAUUUGUCGAAACAAUAGGCAACGAAGGCCUCAACAGAAUCCUCUCAGCCUUCGACGAUAAAACCGCCGAAGCAGUAUGUACGUUCGGGUAUUCACCGGGACCAGGACAUGAGCCUCUUUUGUUCCAGGGUCGGUUGCAGGGUCGGAUUGUUCCAGCUAGGGGCGUUUCCUCUUUUGGUUGGGAACCGAUUUUUGAGGUCGAGGGGGAGGGAGUAACGUUGGCUGAGAUGGAGGUUGGGAAGAAGAAUGGACUUUCGCAUCGGUUUAAGGCGUUGGUGAAGUUUAGGGAGUGGUUUUCAGGCGCUAGGGGACCUGUUUAA